AUGUUCGGCAGAGUAGUCUGCCACACCAGGAGGACCAUCGAUAUGGCACAUCCACCACCAGCCGCUUGCUUUUCUUCUUCUGCUACCGACUCCAGUCAACGAACUUAUCAGCCUCCACCUUCGAUCGGCCGUCAGAAACUACUUAUCCGUCGUCAAAUCCGAACCGUGCUUAAGGAAAUCACCUCCGCAUCCUUGGCUCAUCAAGGGGAGGAAGUCUUGAAGCACUUGAAGAACCUUAAUCAUUAUAUAGAUUCGAAUCGAGUGAGCUGUUACAAGUCGAUGAGCUCAGGCGAAUUACCGACGGAUUCGAUCAUCAAAAACUUGCUGGAAAAAAGAAAGAGAGUAUUCUUGCCUUACAUCCAUCAUCCCACAGAAACAGCCGAUCAGAAGAAGAUAGGCACGCAUCGAAUGGAAAUGCUGGGAUUGGAGAGUUGGGUCGAAUUCGAAACGGGCUUAGUGCCUGUCUCUUUUUCAUCUUCAUCCUCUUCUCCACAAGUCUUUCAAUUCGACCCUGCCAAGAUUUCAGGUCUUGAAAACGCCCUCCCAAAGGGACUAGACUUAAUUUUGUUACCAGGUUUGGCUUUUGAUCGACACGGCAAUCGACUCGGUCAUGGAAAAGGAUACUACGAUGAAUAUCUCAACGAGUACACCGCAGUCUCAUCAAGAACUUCGAUUUCCGAUCAAUCGGCAAAACAUCAAUUGGAAAAGCCAAAGGCGAAAGAGCCGAUCCUAGUCGGCAUAUGUCUCAGGGAACAAGUCUUGCCGGAAGAAGAAUACAUACCCACUCAAGCCCAUGACCGUAGAUUGGACUAUCUAGUUUCGCCUGAUGAAGUACUUUCCUUUGCCAGCUAA